UGAUUCUGUAUUCCUUCAUUGUUCUUUAUUUUUUAAUCGUAUGCUUUUUGUACAUUAAGUAAAAAUAACUUUACAAGAAGACAACAAAUUUAGAGAAUGUCUGAUAUUAUUGAUCCACUGAUACCUCCCUAUAGGUUUGAGCGAGUGCAGAAUCAACUGUAUCGGGGCGGCUACCCGAAACCGCGCAAUUUCCGAUUCCUUCGUCGCCAGCGGCUCAAAACAAUCGUGUCCCUGAUUCCUGGCGACCAAGACACCUUACUGAGUGAAUUUUGCAGCGGCCUUGGGAUCACCCGAAUAAUCAUACCAGUAGACUCGCCGAACGAAAACGUCACAGUAACUGACACCAUAGUCUCACAAUGUCUGGAGCUCGUUACGGAUCCGACAAAAUCCCCUCUAUACUUGCAUUGCCUUGAUGGAUCGAAUGUCACCGGUGUGAUUAUAAUGUGUUUGCGGAAGCUCCAGCUUUGGCGAAUCGCCUCGUAUCAGAAUGAGUAUUUGCGGUUCGAACAAGAUGGAGAGAUAAUCCCAGAGGAAAGCGAGUUCGUGGAGACUUAUCGGGGAACAGGUCUGGUAUUACCGAAUCCGUUUGUUUCUUGGUUGUGGCCGGGGAGGAAUUCUGCGGAUAUUAAUAUGUUGCCGUUUUCACAAGGUGGUGUGCAUCCGGUGGUGUCACUUGUGAAACUGAGGCAGAGGAUGUCGACGGAUAUUUGCCUGCCGGACCCCUUGCCCUCCCUGUGUCAUUCGGAUACUGACCUGACGUCCCGAGAUACAGCUUCAUUUGAAACCCACGAAAGUUCUGAUACCGCUUCUAGCUCUGCUAAACCAGCUGUUACUGCUACCACCAUGCAUACUCGCCAACCAUCACAGACACACAGAUUGCAAUCCGACAAUCCAGGCAUCAGCGACAGUGGUUUGCAGACAUUAGGUUUAUAUCCAAGUGCAUUGAUCGAGAACAGACUUGACAGCACCAAGAGCGACCAUCCAGAACCAAUCGUCAUUACCGCAACCUCUUACUGCGUGGAUGAACCAGGUGGUUACAAACUGAAUGCGCACAAGCAGCAGCGAUUCAGCUCAGAGGCAGUCCCCGAACACCAAGAGAUAAUCCCGGACAAAGCCACGCACCUUCUUCACACUUCGCACAGUACCAAUGAGUUGUCUGAAAUUAGUUCUGGAUCUCGACAAACCGAAUACUCUGAGUCCCAGCAGUCACAAAUGUUGUCUCAGGGUAUGAAGCAGCGGCCGCUUUCGGGUAUUCAUGAGGUUCUGGAGCCGAUUUUGGCUGCUUUAUCGGGAGCCACAGAUACCACGAAGUCAAAGAGUGCCAGUGUCGGGGGGUUUGAUGAAUACAGUGGGGAUGCAAAUGGGCCGGGCGCUAAUGUGCUUAUUUCGGCGUGCAAGGGCUCUGAAUUAUCAGUAUCUACUAAAUCAACCAAUAUGUUUAGCUUUGACAGAAGAACUCCUUCUUUUGUUGCUGCUGCUGUUGCUGAUGCUGACAGCGGCACUGGUAUGAUCAAGGAAGUGGCGCUCUCAUAUCUUGUGCAGGCGCUGGCAAUUGAAGGGCUUGGGAUGUAAGUAAUAAAGUUUGGAAAAUAAAUAUGAAACAAAUCAUAUUUUAAAUAACAAAAGAAAAAAC